AUGAUACCAGAGCAAUGGGCAUCUCCAUGUGGUGGCCAAUGCAACAACAAAUACGCAGCACUCACCCAAAUCCCAUGGCGAGUAUUCUGCAAAAAGGGUUGUGAUGCAGAUGGAGACACAUGGGAAGAAUGUUUGGAGGAGUGCAAUCAAUUAUGCUACAAGGACCCUGUACUCGAGAACCAGAAGUGGAGUGCGUAUAUUGAUCGUUCUCCUGGAUCUCAAAGUUAUUCUGAGGAAUGUUUCCAUGCUUGUGUAUCUGGCUGCAGUUACAGGUUUGAGGUUGAAGCAGAAAUAGCUGAUAAAGUUAUUCCUAAUAGGCCACCAAAGUCUGAGCCUGAGCCUCAGCCUGUAAAGAAGCAGAAGCCACAAUAUGAAGACCCUAAAUACCCGGAUACUUCUGCAUAG